AUUGAACGUCCAUCGUAUGUCUCGCCUUUAACCCAUCUCGUUCGGUAGUUCUCUUCUUUCUCCUUGCAAUCCCCGAAGGCUGCUUAUCGCUCCUGUCCAGCGCAUCUCGAAGUAAUCCCUCGCUUUGUAUGCCGUGUGCGGGGCCUGAUGUACCGGCUUUGGUGUGAGCAGCGGAAGUGGUGAAAUUAGUUUGGAGGAGGAGUGAUGGCGGAGGGUGGUAAUGGAGAUGAUCGCAACUGGUCCAUGUGGUUGCGGUUGCUGUCGCAUUCCGUGCGGGAUACUGCUGGAUCAGCCUCCGCUGACGACACCACGGUUCUCCAAGCUGUUAAAAAUCUGCAUCAAUUGUGUGGCAAGGGAGAGCGAAAUUGUGAUUUAGUGGGAAGGGUAUAUCCUCACCUUGUGAAGAUCUUCAACCGUUGCUCUGCAUCGUCUUCAUCUCAGAAAACAAGCACUGGACUACUUCUGCUGGCUAUUUUGCAGUUUUUCCUCGAUUUUGGUGAAAUUGUGUUACAUGAUUCAGACCCAAGUCUGCAUACCUUUUUUCGCUCUUGUCUGAGUAGGCAAUAUGCCGAUCCUACUGUAGCUGCUGCUACUUUAAAGUUUCUGAAUCAGAACAAGGCCAAAUUGAUGGUCGCUCACCCAUCUUUACUUCCACAGUACUAUCCACUCCUUUUGAAAGUGGUUGCUUGGGGAAGCAACAAGCUGGAUAAACCGUUUAUGGAUCUCCUGCCAUCAUUAAUGGGAGUCUCCUCCUUUCUAACGUUGUUUCCUGCUCUACUUGACUUACCAACCUUGGUAUUAGCUCUAGAAAAUUUACAGGCCAGUUCUGGAGCCACUCCAGGGACUACCAGCGGUCCGAGUAAAAAAAGUCCUGCACCCGAGGCUUUGUUUGCAUUGAUGGACGAGGCGUACACAGGGUCCAGCAUAGCUGAUAGUAGAGGUGCCGCUGAGACUGAUGGUCAUGGCAGUGCCAAGGAGGAAACUGAAGCAUUGUUCGCGGAUUUACUGAAGGAUGAGAAUGAGGGCCUAGCGGAACGGCAUUGGUCUUUUCCAGGGAUGGCCGCUGCGCUGAAAGCUCUUAUGGGGUCGAAUCCAUCAGAGCGUCUGCAACACGCAUUGGAACUGGCACCCUCAUUACUUCGUAUAUAUUUUACCAUAGCAUUACGAGAUGUGAAUGACUCGCUACUUGCUGCACUGUUGCCCAUUAUAUUUCAGAGAGUUGACGCAAUGCUUCCUGAUCCAAAAUUUACUGCACAGGCACAGAAAGUUUUGCUGGAGUUCAUAAUGGCAGCAUUUCAUCAAUCACCUCACUUAGUAGCUGUAUUAAAGAAACCUUUAAUGGAUAGAAUUGGGCAACCUCAUACUAGUUCAGCAAAGACGGAACUCGCAUUACAGCUGUGUUGGGCAGUGGGUGAGCAUGGAGGAGGUGGUCUUGCUUAUAAAACUGCUGCUCGAGAGCUUUUCGAGACGCUUGAGCUACUUCUGUAUGAGAACCUCGCUUCAAGCCGCAUGAAGGGCAAUACCAAACAAAAAACUGAAGACACCAAAGGACCAGCUGUUUCCCAGUCCCGUUUGCUGUGCUCCGUGGUUACAGCUAUUGCGAAACUGGCAACAUGUCACAGAGAGCUUUCUCCCAGAGCUCUUGUCUGCCUCUCUAAAGUUGCCCGGUCCCAGCAAGUGUUGGACAAGUCUGUAUGGAGGCGUGCGCAUGACUUUAUUGGGCUUAUGCAUGAGCCAGCAAUGUGUUCCUCGAUACUGGGGCCGCCGACUGGUUACCCUAACCGCUCUGGCAGUGUGCAAUGGAGUGAAGGUGGUACCAAGGCAGUCGCUUCGAUACCCUUCUAUAUUCUUGGGGAGAAAGGAGGCCCUCCAUUUCAUGAUUUCGCAUUAUCGGACAUCAUUGGAAAGGCUUCUUAAACGUUCUAGAAGAAAAUGUACAUUAGUGACUAUAUAUAAGGGAAAUCAAAAACCCGAUUGAAUAUGUGGGCUGUAUUAAACCCAUUACAUCACCACACUGAACACACCAGUUCGGGCGAUGACCAUGGCUUUUAAGAUUUUAGGUAGGUGGAGGAAUGCGUCCGAUAUUACUUUAAGGCUGGGCAGAUUGUGUAAGUGUUUCGUAUAAAACGAACAUUGUCGUACUUAACUAGAGCUUUCAACCUACAGGGCCCAUUUGGCUAGCUUGUGCAUUGGCUUAGUUUGGUCAAAAUAUUUUUGCCUCAACAGCAUGGUUCACGUUCCCAAUGUAUCGAAAUGUGAAAAUAUUGCAUUGAUCCCUCUGAA